AUUCUGCUUUUCUUCUUCUUCUUUCUUCCCGCUGCAGCCACCCGAAGGAAAAAAAAAAAGAAAGGGAACCCAGCCAGCCUUUGAGAAAUUGGUGAGAUAAGCUUGGUUUUCUCCUUCGUUUCUUGUUCUAGAACCCAUAAAGAACCCAGAAACCUUCUUCCCCUGCUGGAAAAGCCGGAUCUGCCCUGCUCUGCUUUGUCCUUCCGCCGGCUGCUCUUGAUUGUGGGUGAUUUCUGGGCAUUUUUUGCGCUUGCCGCCGGCCUUUUCCCUCAACCUGCAGUCCGGUUUUGCUUGCAAAUUCUGGUAUGUGACAGCCUUUUAAGGCUUAAAUUGUCCAUUUAGUUUGCUGCCUUGUAUGUCCGAAUUGUGUUGGAAAAAUGGGGGGAAUUCCGAAAACCCCGUGAGAUUAUCUAGUGUUUUGGCCAAUUUUGGAAGUGCUGUUACUGUUCACGUCGGGGUCACUGUUCACCGGUACUGUUCACAGAUUGAUAGGGAUAACAUCGGGAUUAAGAGUGAUCCUAAUGAUGAUUUCAGUUUGAAUUUGUGGUGAUACGAUAAUUAAUUGUGGAUAUUUUGAUUAGGUUCUUGAUCGUCCUGUCAGUUUAGUACGUGAAUUGAGUGCUCGGUUUUAUGCAAGUGAGGUAAGUAAAAUUAUGGUAACGUCCUUUGAUUUUAAAAGCAUGUUUUGAUUUGUUUUUGAAAUGGUGGCGGGACUAAACCCGUUUUACACGAGCAUGACUGAUUUGAAGUGAAAUGUUUUAUGCUUUUCAUUAAAUUGAGCAUGCCUACUUGAAAUUUAAUUGAUUACCCCGAUGAUUUGAAAGUGAUUAGUAAAGCAUGAUUUUCUAUUAACUUCUGCCUGUUUUGUCUCCGAUACGGUCAUGUUAUCCUGUUGCCCACUGGUGGGAGGUUUAAACGCUAGCACAUGUCGACAUGUUCCUAAUAGAACCGGUUCAUUCCUGUAAUCCUACUAAUGGGAGUUAAACACUAGUAAUUCCUGUUGCCUGCCAGUGGGAGGUUUAAACACUGGCCGUGACCUAUAGAGGAGACGUCUAUUUCGUGCCCGUACUGUAUAUGUUUUCGUGAUUGUACUUGUUGGCAUGCUUUAAGUUUGAUAAGGGGCACUCCAUAUUUACUUACUGAGUUUAUCUCAUAGUUUUUCCUUGUCCACCAUUUCAGAAAGUGAAACCGAGGACGGGAAACCACGGGAAGUGACGAGUUAGAAGGCUAGCCAUAUUGUAAUUGGAUAUAAAUUUUAGAUAUGAAUCAUGAUCUUGUAUUUGGAGAUUUUAUGAUAUCAGAGUAAAUUUUAAAGAUUUGAUCUUCGGAUUUUGAUGGUAUCAGAGUGUGAUAUGAUAAGUUCCGAGCCUUGUGCACUUGUGGGACUCGUCUCACGAGUGUACGGCGUCUGUCGCGCCUCGAAUUUGGGUUUUGGUGCGUGACAUAUAUGCUAUAAUUAUCAUUUUAAAAUAAGGGUGAAAUAAAAAUAAGUAUUGAAU